GACGGUGGUAUUCUGGUCAGUCCCCGACCAUCCAUCAGUCGUUACCGCUGGUGGAGAGCAGUGAGGAGAGCCGGCCAGAGGAGUUACCGGCGGACCCCGCAGCUGGCAACAGCCACACCUACCUUCUACCGGAAUGGCCGACCCACAGGUGGUCUUCUGGUGUGCGGUGCUGAUCGCAUUGGCGACGUCCUUUGGCACUGCGCACGCGCGGCCGAACGGUGCAUCCGAUGACGUCAUUGGCCCUCACCACCCUCCGACCAAUCAGGAGGUGUCUGGAUCAGGUCCAGAUGCCGAUGGCUGGGAGAGCGGAGGGUGGCAGCCAAACCUUGCCGAUGGAACCCCAGCGACCUCCACCGGCGGCGGAGACGGCUCCGGAAUCCCAGCCGGUGACGGUAGCGCCACCGCGGCCGCAGACCAACCUAACAUCGACACAGGCGACGCUGACGCCGUCCAGCAGCUGAGUAUAGAUGUCGCUGACAUCGCGGCAGGCGGCGCCCGCAGCGCGCGACGCGUCAGUAAUCCGCUGAUCUCGGAGGAGGAGGCCGAACGAGAGGAGCGCCGCAAACGCACGCGCUUCACGCAGACGGUGCACGGCUCGAACGUGGUGUCCCAGGAAUCUGCCGACUUCCGGAACGGCACGUUCAUGGCCGAUCUGUACAGCAAGGAGAACCCGUGGCUGCAGAAGUACGCGCCGUUCUACUACCCGCAGAACCCGCUGCCGACGCAGUUGAACCACCAGCCGGACGGACCGCCGCCGGUGCGACUGCGCCAGGUGCACAUCGGCGACACGGUGCUAGUGCCGCCUAAGGUGCAGUACUCGGACCAGGUGUUGCGCACCAUCCACGACGCCAAGCUGCGCUCGCUGCCCAAGCUGCAGGAGCACGUGCACAUCGGCGGUCAGGAUGGCGAUGAGGAGGGUGUAGUGGAGGACGGCGGAGCUUACCUCGAGCAGUCUCAAUCGGAGGAGGAGUAUGGACCCGAGAGCGAAGCGGAGGAACCCCAGCAAUACGUUUCCUAUGUGGAAGACGAGGGCCAGGACGCAGAGUACGAAUGGAGACCCAAGGAGGCACCCGGUAUCAACGAUCCGAACCCAUCUGGAAACGCGGCGCAGCCGGAGUACAACACAGUGACACAGACGGAGAGCCCGCAUGACUCGGCCCUGUUCUCCCGGCCCGGACCGCCGUACGACCGCCCAACGCCUCCGCCGGGCUUCCCCAUCCAGCAGCAGAACCAUGUCCAACAGACACAGGGCCCCAAACCUGGGACCUCGGGCUCUCCCGCGCCGCACAGCGUUCAGUUCAGCCCAGCUCCCCAGGCGUCAGCAGGGCACGGCGGUACGGGCGGGCAGUCUACCCCACACGCCAGUCCCAGGCCUACCGUGACUCAGAAUUACCAGCCGGCACAGAGACAGCCUACUCCCGAAGCAGGAUCUCCCGGAACAGGAUACGUCUCCCAACAGCGUCCUCAUCCGAGACCCCAGGAGCGACCCCAGCCGAGGCCUCAGCAGCGUCCCCAACCGAGACCUCAGCAGCGACCCCAACCGAGACCCGUCCAGGCGCGGCCAGCAUCCCGGCCUCCCUCCACACCAGUCCGUCGACCCACCGCGUCCUCGGAGGUCCGGCCACUCCGUCCACGACCUACUACUCCCCGGCCCCGACAGGAGACCUCGCACCAACCGCCAGUCGAGAUCGUCGAGGACAACGGAUACACCAACCGCGUGAAGCCGGAUGACGUCAUACCGUUCAGCCUGUCUUACGGUUACGAGGUGGUGAAGCCGACGUCGCCACCUUCCCCUCCGCCUCUCAGCCAGUACGGAAAGCCCAAGGCCUCCACCAUUCUUGGGGCGUUACCGGCGGGACUCGACGAAGAGAGCUCGGAGGAGUCGGAGGCUGACGUUGACGCUGCGGUGUUCUCCACAAGACCUCUGGAAUCCGCGGAGGCACCUGCGACGCCAGCCAGUGACGGUGGGUUUGGUGCCCCGAAACCCGGUCACAUCAUCGGCGAUGGCGUCGCUCCCCCGCAGGUAGGACAGGCGCCGACGCCAGUGCCACCACAGCCUCCCAGGGAGGGGUACUCCAGACCCAGGGAGGAAGGACCCACGUCCCUGUCGUCGUCACCAGCGACUUAUCCAGGAACCGACCCAUCCGAGAACGCGGAGACCGAGGCCGACAGGCCAGAGUACGCUGCUCCCAAAGACGAUGACGUUCUUGAUGACGACGUGCGCGUGAACGAGGAGAGGAACCAGUUCUUCCACCCCGUGACAUCUGAAGUUGGAGAUCAAGGUGUGUCUGACGGCGGAAGCUCACCGGCAGGUGCCCCAGCUGUCGAGGAAGCGCAGCUUGACGGGUACAUGAGGCCGAAACAAGACGAUAUUCUGUCGGAAGACCAGGCCGCCGGGUUCGUGCGGUCCCGUUACUUCCCUCAGCAGCCUGGGGCUCCUCCAGCUGGGCCCAACAGGAGGACGGAAGGCGGAUUUAGCUCGCCGCAGGAGAGCAGCAUCCUUGAAGACGACACCGAUCAGACGUUUGGUUUCCGUACCACUCCGAUACAAUUCCAGCCAGCCAGUGACAAUUCCGCAAGCGGAGAGCAAAACGCCUACAGUCGACCGAAAGACGCGGAUAUUGUUGGUUUCAACCCCAACUCUCUGGUGGAAGAUGACCCAGCGCCAGCAGCUCCCAGUCAGUCUGAAAACCAAAAGCCUGGACCAUCUCAAUCAGUGCGAGGGUUCUCUCUGCCAAGACCAGGAGAUCUGCUCGAGCAAAACGAAAACUUCAUCGAUACCGGAAACGGGCCUUUCGUUGCAGAUGAAACUCCUCAGCCUACCCGGUCCAUUUUGGAUUACGGGCCACAGGGCUACUCCAAGCCAAAAGACGCUGAUGUCCUCAACGCGGGCGAAAGUCCCGGCGAUGAUCAGACAGCGAAAACCUUCCCCUCCCACUUCGAAGCCAGUCCAGAUCCAGCACCUCAGGAGGACGAGGCUGCUGAAUACGUAACGCCGACUCAACUCCCCAGCCCGGAGCAGGACGUUCAGCCGACACCGUUCGGCACCUACUCGAGGCCCAAGGCAUCGGACGUAGUUGGAGGUGGUGACAGCGGAACGUCCAGCUUGCAGAGUUUCGGUGGAGCGCCGCCGGCUCCAGUCAAUCAGUUGUCCGACCCCAAAGAAGAGGCGGAGUACACCGAGCCCAGUGAGGACGUCUCCGGGUUCGGCCCAGUGCACUCAGACUCUCUCCUUCGGCCUUCAGCAGACGAGGACGGCUUCGGCGCACCACGACCGCAGAACGUCCAGCCCGAAACCUCGACCCGUCGCUCCUCCUCCGACUUGUACACGGUCGACGACUUCCUCCGUUCGGAGGAGGUCUCCAUCCUGGGCGCCUUCCCGGCGCCAAAGCCCAGUACCGGAGAUACUCCCUCGACGACGCAGCGCACACGGGCGGCGCCGAGACCCGGGUGGCGGCGGCGCGCCGAUCCCGGCCCGUUCCGAGCGCAGUCUGCCCUCCUGGACGCCCAAUUCGCCAAUCUGUUCGUGGAUGAGCUGGGUCCGCCCCUGCGGCGAACGACGCCCAGGACCAGGCCCACGUCCGCCCGCCGGCGCCCGGCGCAGCCUGAGUUCGGACCUCCGUUCGCUGUGCUCGAGUCACGCGCCGACCACGGCUGGCCGGAAGAGGACGAUCUGGCGGACACUCUGUCGGAGGACGAGCUCCAGUCGCCGCCGCUCAAGUUCGGUUCGGCGUUCGCCGCGGAGCCGCUCACUCCGCCGGGUCUCCUGGCCAGGCGGCGGUCGCCCGCGGCGCCGCAGCGCAUUCAGACCAGACGGCAGUCGACGGUGGCGACACCUAUCAGACGGCGGCCUUCAGUGGCGCCGCGCGGCGGACACCGCGGGCAGCCGACUCCGUUCGGAGACGAGUUUUCGGCGCCGUUUGCAGCGGCGGCUGCCAGCCGACUGUCGGUGACGGCGGUAAGACCCGGGCCAAACCCCAUCCCCGACUGGCCGAAAAUCGACAAGCAGUGGUAGUCGGGACCGACAGAGUCCGGGAGGCACAGGAAGAGGUGUGGACAGAAGAAAAUGUAUUCAUGGGCUUUUGGUAGUCUGAUAUUCAGCUUAGAAGAAAGAUAACCACUCACCAGCGCUGGAGUAAUACAGGAAGAGUUUGACGGAAUGCCUGAAGUUAUUUGUGCGCAUUGUGCGAAUCUUGAUCAUUUUACCUGUUGAUCAUUAUAUUAUUUAUUUGCUUUAGUUGCAACAUCAACACCGGUUAUUUGAGUACUGUGUUGUCUGUAUCAGUUGUAUGCAAGUUGGCGAGCGUGAGAAAUCAAUUCCCUGCAUGAUGAUGCCAACAGAGGCCUUGAGCGAAUGGUGCGUGUGGCGUGUUUAUACAAUGUUAUUAAUUGUAAGGUACAGGGGAGCCGAAAGCCCUCCGGAUGUCAUCUAACUCAGCCACUUUUGUGUUGUAGUGUUGGUUUCAAGAUAAGGGUUCCAGGAACCAGCUGUCUGGAUGUUGAGAAUACCCCGAGCUGUCGACUGAGACUGACAGAUCUGUCGACUGUCAGAUCCACUUAGCUUUCAAACUGGGAGCGAGUGCACCCUGCCCGGUGCCCCCACUCGAUUGGGGGCGAGAAUUAGGGUAUCAAUCGUAUCCAAACUUCUGGUCGCUGGAACCUGUAUCUUGAGACCAUUGGAACAUUCAACAGAAUGACUUCUAUAUUUGAUUGUUGGCUAGAUUCGCCUGCCCAUGCUCAACUAAUGAUGCUUGUGUAUUCAACCUGUCAUAAAAUAUUUGUAAAUAUAUUAAAUAGCUUA